AAUUAGCGGUUACAGUCUGUGGUUAAUGAAGAAGUAAAGUUACAGAGUUUACUUUCGCUUGGGUUUUAAAAGAUUAAAUUAAUGUUUAAAAAUGAUUAAAUUGAUACAAUGGUGAAAUUACAUGUACAGUCCUUCAGUCGUUCACUUGAAUUUUUGUUCACUAUUAUUUUCGAAUGAUUCCGUGAGUAUUCGGUUACCAUCGUCAUCUCUUUUGUGUCAAAACAUAUGUACGGUUAUUAUUUUUUCCAAUCCUAUUGUAUUUAAUUAAAUAAAAAGGUUUUAUUUAAUGUAAAAAAUAUGCCUGAAUUAAAAAUGAAUAAUCAGGCGAAUGAUAAAAUGAUUGAAACAUUAGCAAAUGAUUAUUCUUCAUUCAUGAAAGUUGACCUCCCAAGUCAGACUAAAAAAGUUCAUGAGACUGUUGAUGAAAUGAUGGUUCGUUUGGAGGAAUUUGAAUCAAUUGUUGGAAUGGUUCAAAACCUACGAGCUGAAUGUACUUAUGAACAUCUAAUCAGAUUCCGUUCAGUGAAUCCACAAUUAAUGGAACUUUGUCGAAGGAUUGAUGCUUUGGAGCAUGUCGUGGCAAGAGCAAGUAUUGAUUUAACGAAUCUUGAAGCAGCUGUUGAUAAUGCUGAAGCAGAACUUGGAGCGAAUACAACUGUUUCUGAUCGAUUACGAGGGAUCUUCAGUCCACUAUCAUUUUUUAGAUCCAAGACUCCUGAAAACUCUACAGCAUUUGGAGGACCAUCAACAGCAUCACCAAAGCGUAGUGAUAAUACCAUAGACUUACCUCCAAUCUUCAGGACCAAAGAUGCCUUCAAAUCACCUCAAUAGUAUUAGAAAUAAAAUAUUUAUUAAUAAAUAUUC